CAUCGUUCUAAACGUCUGGACUGAAAGCAGAUAAGUGUUGUCUUAUUACGAGAUUGUUUCACUUACACUUGACUUCUUAAUUCCGGUUUCCUUUAUUGAUCUGAAAAGCUGUAUUGUGCUACCUACAGAUGCUGUCUUUUCCCUCACUUGUUUUUGUUGAGCGCCACUGCUCACAAUCGUUCCGUAGACUUUUGAUGAAUCUAGAUCUGAUUUGUUUAUGCUCCUCAUCAUGUUCAGAGCCUGAUGGGAUAGGUUUGCGAGAGUCUGACAGUGCAAUAGAUGUUGCUGUUGUCUCCACAGCUGCUCCUAUAUCCUCUCAAGUAACAUCUAGAUCAGCUGCCAGUCCACAAGAACUAGCCAUCAGGUCGCCAGAUACAUGGAGGGUUUAUCUCGUCGGCGCCCCGUUUUGGCGAGGUGAGGUCAAGUGAGUGACCACACUAGGAUCCUAUAUGUGUGUUUUGGAGACAGCAUACAUCAGUGGUACGAGAUUCUAGGGUUAUAUCCAAGGAGGCCUGCUGGUCGAUUUCACAUAG